CCUUCGUCCUGCCUGAAGAAAACUUCCCCGAAUUCGGACCAUAGUACACGGAUACGCAGCAGUACUGACGCACAAAAUGACUGGCACUAUUGACCUCAACAAAGCCCCGGACAGCUAUGCGGCCUAUUCCUUUGCCCUAUCGGACAAGUUCAAAAUCGUGGCCCAGGACGAGCUACGCGAGGACGACGACAUGCGGGAAAGCGCCCUGAAGCAGUUCCGCGAGUGGAUCGCCAAGCAUCCGCUCAUUCGCAAAUGCCGUACGGAUGCGCCGUUCCUGUUACGGUUCUUGCGCACGAAAAAAUUCUCCAUCCCAGCCGCCACGGAGAUGCUGGAGAAGUAUCUCAUGAUCCGGCAGGUGUACCCGAACUGGUUCUUCAAGCUCGACAUCAACGAUCCCGAGCUGGAGGCGAUCAUCGACAGUGGAUAUCUAUUCCCGCUGCCCGAACGUGAUGAACAAGGGCGCCGGAUCAUCUUCUCCAACUCGGGCAAGUUCGACACAAGCCGGUUCACCUCAGCCCAGCUGAUCAAGAUCCACUCGCUGGUGCUGGAGACGCUGAUGGACGAAGAAGAGUCGCAGAUCUCCGGUUACGUGCAUAUAAUGGACGAUUCCGAGCUUACUAUUGGCUUCCUGAGCGUCUGGUCGUUCGCGGACAUCCGCAACCUGGCACACUGCGUGCAGAAUUCGCUCCCGAUGCGGCAAAAGGAGAACCACUUCGUCAAUCUUCCGUCUUUCGCGAACAAACUGUCGGAGUUCAUCCUGUCGGUGUUGAGUGAGAAGCUGCGCAACCGCGUGCACGUACACCGCGGUUGGGACGAGCUGAAGACUAAGAUCAACCCGAAAUUGUUGCCGAAGGAGUACGGUGGUACCGUUCCGGUGGCGGAGUGUAUUGCUCAGUUCAAGAAGCAGAUGAAACAGCGCCGUGACAUCGUACUCGCGCUAGAUGAUAUGGAGAUCGAGAUCAACAAGAAUAGCAUCCCGUGGGCGGAUAGUACGGACGCGGACAUUGCGAGCGGUGUGAUCGGAAGCUUCCGUAAGCUGGAAGUUGACUAAGAUUUCAGGUCUCUCUACUACGCGCUGUUCCGGGCGACCGGUAGAUGGCAGCACCAGGGCAACGGAAGCUUCGUUAGAUUAGAAUAGUGAAUGUUCGUUAUCGUUGUUCUCUCGGGGGUACGUCGUUGGAGACGGCUUACCGGGAAAACCGAGCAGGGGUCCUUCUCCCCUUAAUUAAGCCCCCAUUUAUUUUAAGCAACCGAGCGGCGACAGCUUGACUAUCGCCACGCCGGGAAGGUGGAAUACAGUUACCAAAACAGUCGUCCGUGUUAGCUGACCCGGUGUGUGUGUAUGAACACAUCCGCAUUGGGCAAGCACGGACGGGUCGUGUUAAUUCUUAAACGCUUCUGCGACGAUCGUUCUCGUCCACGGAUCGCGUGUGCUCUAUUUUCGCACAACGCGUCAUUUCCCUUUUUACGUCACAUUCCUUCGCUUACGAUAAGGUUAGGAAGCUACGUGAAUAAACCAACACACAUCGCGCUGUGAUCGAGGAUCGGCGCGCGAAUGGCUAGGUUUAGUUUGAGGCGCGUGGGUUUUCGUAUUGAUGUUUGGUUAAAUUAUUAUGUUUUUACUACCUACCGCCGGUUUGGUACGUUGUUUUAUUAGCACAUAUUGGAUUGGAGCAGUAUUCGAUGGUCGACAUGACGCUAGCGAUGGUUGGGCGAACGGUAAACACACGGUUUGUAAUCGUUAGAAUGUAAGCGAGCACGAGGCAAAAAAAAUAUAUUCAACUUCAUCCUUUUUAACUGUACUUACUGCGCUGUUGUUAAUUUGAGUUGAAUGUUCAUUACAUUGUACCGUGGACA